GGUGCGGGGAGGCCUGGCUCCGGAGUGGUGAGGGCUGAGGGACCAAGAAUGAAGGCAGCUGGAGACCAGAUGUGGACGGAAAGCCCCGGGAAAGACAGUGCGGCCUCCCCUUCCUCCGGCCUUCGUGGACCCCUAGGGCUUGUUUCGACCAAGAAUGACCAUCUUGGGUGUGCAGCACUUCCCACUCCCCACCCCUCCUGACCCUUCCUGUCUGGUGACCCAACCGCUUGUGAUAGGGGUAGUGGGGCAACCAGCCAACGGCCUGAUGCUAUCUCUGCAGGGUUUUCCUCCUUUCCACUCCCUCCUCCACUCCCUCAUACCUCUCCAUUCCCCUGCCUGGGGAAAAGGAAGGGUUCUACCCACCUCAGCUCUUGCCCUGGGCUCCUGGCUUGAGAGGCUACCAUUCUUACCCCCCUUUCCCCCUCCCUGGCCGAGCUGGCCUGAGGAACCUUGGUCACAACUGAUGCUUGUGGGGUGAGCACUGGAGGAUAGCUAGGAGGCAGUUCUGUAAGAGAACUGAUCUGGGGACACAGGAAGCCCAUAGAAAGCAUUAUUUUAGGUCAGGGGUAUACACUCUGGAGUCAGGGCUUUCUAGGAACUCUCUUUCUGCAUUUGGUCAUCCCCCUGGUUGAAGAGCUGCUUGAAGGAAGGCAUGGCCUGGAUUCUCUUCUCCCUGAGUGCAUUGAACACCUCACCAACCUUCACCAGGGGGCAAAGAUGGUCCAUCUCCCAACCCCGCAGUCAAAAGUUUCCUGGAGGAGGCCUGUGCACUGGGACUGAUUGCUGUUGGUGUAGGGGCCCAGCUUGUCCUGAAUCAUACCAUCACCCAUGGGACUAGCCCUGGCUUCCUGGUGCCUGUGGUCAUCAUCACAGUGGGUGCCUUCCUUUUCCUGGUGGCAUUUGUAGGCUGCUGUGGGGCCUGCAAGGAGAAUUACUGUCUCAUGAUCACGUUUGCCAUCUUCUUGUCUCUUAUCCUCCUGGUGGAGGUGGCCGCAGCUAUUGCUGGCUAUGUGUUUAGAAAUAAGGUGAUGUCAGAGUUUAAUAAGGACUUCCGGCAGGAUAUGGAGAAUUACCUGAAAGACAACCAUACAGCUUUAGUCGUGGACAGGCUGCAGAAAGAGUUUGAGUGCUGUGGGGCUGCUAACUACACAGACUGGGAGAGCAUUCCUUCCAUGGCCAAGAUUCGCGUCCCUGACUCCUGCUGUGUCAAUGUCACUGUGGGCUGUGGGAGAGAUCUCAAGGAGAUCUAUACAGAGGGCUGCGUGGAGAAGAUUGGGGGCUGGCUGAGGAAAAACAUACUGGUGGUGGCUGCAGCCGCCCUGGGUAUUGCUUUUGUAGAGGUUUUGGGAAUUGUCUUUGCCUGCUGCCUCGUGAAGAGUAUCCGAAGGGGCUAUGAAGUAAUGUAGAGGAUCUGGUCUCUUCAGCCCCCUCAUCUAGGGGAGUAGAGUAAUUUUAUCCUCCAGGUUUUUCAAUUAAACAGAUUUUUUUCAGACCGAAAA